UCCACCGGUCAACCGCGACAUCGCCGCCGGUUGGAAUCCGACUAGCAGUAAAGUCGUCGAACAUCGAAGCAACUCCUCCAGUCCGUUGGACUCCGACUGCGAACUGAAUCUCUGCAACCCUCCGACCAGCAACAGCCCACAGCCGGCGUCUCUGCUCUCCGGCGAAGGCUCCACCGCAUCUCUACUCUCCGACGAAGGCUCCACCGCAUCUCUACUCUCCGACGAAAGCUCCACGGCGAAUCGGCGAAAGCUCUCCAACUGCAAAGUGGCUGCAGACAUUGCCAGUGACCUGAAACGAUACAGCCAUACAGGUAUGAAGUUAUUUGAAGGCGACGACGAUGAUGUAGAGAAGCUGAACAAAAUCGAGAUAAACAAGGAGUUUGCUUGCCGAUUCGAGCACAACAAGAAGAGAGAAGACCUGCAGAGAUUCGAGGAAUUGAAGAAGAAGGGUCUUGUCGACGAAGAUGACUCAGAGGAGUCAGAAGAUGAUGAUGACGACGAAGACUUUGGUAAGCCAAUUAGUGAAAAAGACGCAGAGUUCUUUAAUGCUCUAAUUAAGAUCAGAAACAAAGACCCCAUUUUGCAAAACAAAGAUGCUAAAUUAUUUGAGUCUGAAUCUGAGUCCGAGCCUGAUUCUGAGGCUGAUGAUAAGAAGAAAGAAAAGGCUAAGAAGAAGCCAAUGUAUUUGAAAGAUGUAGUGUUUAAGCAUUUGGUAGAGGAGGGGCCGGAGUUCGAAGAUGAAGAUGAAGAGGGUAAGGAUAAGAAGAAGGUGACGACAUACUCAGAGGAGCAAGAGGAGCUGAGGAAGGAGUUCCUGGAUGCAGUAGAGAACAUGGAGAUGGAUAAUGAGCAGGAUGGAGAGGACUUCUUUAAGGUAAAAGAGAGAGGUGAUCAGGAUGUUGAGGAUGACGACGGCGACGAUGGGGAGUUCUCCAAGAAGUUGGAUGAGUAUUUUGGGGAGGAUGAUAAGUUAGAUGAGAAUGACCGGUUUCUGAAAGAUUAUUUCAGGAAUGAAAUGUGGAUGAAUAGUGAUGAGAAGGGUGGCAAGGAAGAUCACGAGGGAUUUAAAUUGUCAGAGGAUGAGGAGGAGAUUGAGAAGCAGGAGGAUUUUGAGAGGGAUUUCAAUUUCAGGUUUGAAGAGAAUGCUGGUGAUAGGGUAUUGGGACACGCAAGGAAAGUAGAGGGUUCGGUAAGGAAGAAAACCAAUGCAAGGAAAUUGCAGAGGGAGAGGAAGGAAGAGAGGAUGGCAAGGGAAGAGGAGGAGAGGAAGGAGGAGUUGAAGCGACUGAAGAAUUUGAAGAAGAAGGAGAUGAGGGAGAAGCUUCAGAAGAUUAAGGAGAUUGCAGGGAUUGGAGAGGAUGGGGAUUGCUUGUUAGAUGAGGAUGAUUUGGAAGAGGAAUUCAAUCCAGAGGAGUAUGAUAAGAAGAUGAAGAAUGCAUUUGGAGAGGCUUACUAUGAGGCAGAAGAUGUGAACCCUGACUUUGGGAGUGAUAGUGAUGAGGAUGCAGAUGAAGGUGAUCUUGAAAAGCCUGAUUUUGACAAGGAGGAUGAGUUACUUGGGCUUCCAAAGGGAUGGGAUGAGACGAAUCAGCCACGUGAUGGGUUUUUAUCAAUUAGGGAAAGAAUUUUGAAAAGCCAGGAAAAUACAGGCGAAGAGCACGAAACAGUAGAUGAUCAAGUAGAUGAAGAAGAUGGGGUGUCCAAAGAAGGUAAGCGGAAAAAGAAGCGAAGGAAGACUAGUGUUGUCAUGCAGGCAGUUAAGGAUCAAUUAAUGGAGGAAUAUUAUAAGUUGGAUUACGAGGAUGUGAUAGGUGACUUAAAGACUAGGUUUAAGUAUAAACCUGUCAAUGCUAAAAGAUUCGGCUUGAGUACUGAGGAGAUGUUAAUGUUGGAUGACAAGGAGUUGAAUCAAUAUGUACCUCUAAAGACGUUGGCAGCAUAUCGAGACAAGGAUUGGAAGGUGCCCCGAGCUAAGAGACACCAGCAAAAGCAGAAAAUUAAAGAAUUAAUUCAGGGGAAGACACUAGACAACAGGAAGAAUGAGAAAAAGAGGCCAAGAGAUCAGGAAACUACAAUAGUGGCAAAUUAUACGGAAAAUGAGAAACCACAUUUGGAGGGAUCAAAUGGCGAUACAAGCACUCUAUCAAGGAAAAAAAGGAGAAAGAUGCGUCUAGCUGAACUUAAGCCAUCUCACCGCAGGCUUUUGGCAUUUGGGUUCAAUAAGAAGAAGUAGCAUUUUGGCGAAACUAAUUCAUUGUGAAGGGUUUGGUCAACUUUACAAACUAAUUGGCUCCUUGUCAAGAAUCAGAGCAGAGUACUAAGUGAUUUCUGCAGAAGCACAACUGAAAUUUUCCAUUUUCUUCAUGCUAUAUCAAAUUUCAUACAGCAACUUGUCCUCUUGAAGUUAGUAUUUGCUUGGGGAUGCAAAAUUUUGUUCUUGAGUAGCUUCUAUAUCUGAAUUGUGGGGAUUGUUUGCCCUUUCAUAGUUGGUUUUUUGUUGUUGUUGGGAUAUGGUUGUCAUAGAUAGACUUUGUAGCAGGCUCUUCAGAACAUUAAAAGAAUGCUAUAUUCUCUUCUCUUGUGUCCUUUUAACAUUAUUGUACGCCGUCUUUUAUACAUCCGGUUCUAUUCUUGUAUCAAGAGGAUGAGUGAAUGGAUUGUAUUCAAUAAUAGUAAUGCCGUAGAAGUAUAUA